AUAUAUCUUUAAAAACAGUCCCAUAAACCCGCGGUGACACAGUCCGUGAACGGGUCGGUCACGUGUCACCGGGAGGAGAGAUAACGGACCAGAGUCCCGUCACAGGCCGAGGAGACAUCUAUUACAGACAAGUGUGUUUCACUGUUAAAGUCCUGGCUUGACAACAACUUUAUUAUUUAGUUUCGACCUAACUGUGUAUUUAAAGGGGAGAAUCCCCAUGAUAUGAUUGAUCUUUGACCUGAAGCCAUAUGAUGCCAAGUUUAUAUAACGUGACCAGUUGAAACUGACCGCCUCACGUUGUUUAUUCCAAGAGGUUUAAAAAAUCUUCCACAAUUUCCUUUGUCUUUAUCUCGGACAGACUUCCCCAGGCCGGAGGUAUUUAUGGCAACGCCUGACCGCAAGACCGCCCGGUGGAGAGUCUGACCUCCACCGGUGACCACCAACGUCAAUUCAUCAUCUGCCGCCAUGUCGCCGCGGAAGAAACCCCUGGUGCCCGCGAGGAGCCGGCGGAAAGCAGCGGACGACCACUUCCCUUUCAACUCGCUGCCGGUGGAGUGCCAGCUGCACGUCCUGUUCUUCCUGAACGAGGCGGACAAAUGCAGCAGCGCCCUGGUCUGCUGCGGCUGGAGCCGCCUGGUCCGCUCGUGGAAGCUGUGGCGAGUGGCGGACUAUUCCCGCCGCGGCGUCUUCCACCUGGGCCAGGAGGGUCUGCUGGUUUCCAACCGGGAGUUCGAGAGGUGGAAGUCCUGGGUCCACCAUUACACCCACCACCUCAUCUCCCGGCGGGCCAGCCUGCUCACGCUGAAGGCCAGCUUCGACCUGGGCGACCGCUACAACAAGUGGUGCGAGCUGCUGAGCCUCCUGCUGGACAACGUCCACUGCAGAGACCUCAGCCACCUGGACCUCAACUGGACCUUCACUCUGCUGGAGCCGCUGGACCUCAGGGUCCACGCGGGGUCCGGCUCGCACCAGGACGGCAUCACGAAGAUGGACCAGGUGACCAGUUUCCAGGAGCUGCUGACCCAGCUGGCCCACAGCUGCCCGCGAGUCUCCAAGAUGCGGCUGCACUUCGACUGGUCGGACGAGUCCGUGUCGCUGCUCACCCGCUUCCAGCAGCUCCGGGUCCUGGAGCUCAAGUACUUCUGGGUCUUUAAAGGGGUGACGCCCACCACGCUGCAGGCCCUCACCAAAUCCCUGCCCCACCUGAAGUCUCUGACUCUACAGAUCCUGGUGCCGCUCAGGAACCUGGGCAUCUCGUACACCCUGGAGUCCCAGUCCCUGGAGUUCCUGGACGUGUCGCCCAGCCGAGGCCUGGUCUUCUCCUGCCUGAGGCUCCCCGCCUUGCGCGAGCUCCGCGCCAAGAAGAUCGUCCGCGGCAUCACGCUGGACCGCAGGACCAGGCUGAGGAUCCAGAGCCGGUGGCCCUGCCUGUACCGCGUCCUCCGGGAGGGGACGCCCAGGCUGCAGGUGCUCAACAAUGAGCGGCUGCUGCCCACGUGGAGCGAGGCCGGCUGCGGGGAGCUGUCCGCCAUCCUGGAGCAGGCCUGCUACUGCGUCCAGCAUCUGGACAGCUGGCUGUGGUAGACGACCGUGGGACUUGAAAUGUCUUGAACAGUCUUGAAAGGACUUGAACGGUCUUGACAUGUCUUAAAAUGUCUUGAAAGGACUUGAAAGGUCUUGAACAUUCUUGACAUGUGUUGAAAAGUUCUUGCAAUGUCUUGCAAUGUCUUAGAAGGUCUUGAUUGAUAGUCUUGACAAGUCUUGAAAAGGUAUCGAAAGGUCUUGAAAGGUAUUAAAAGGUCUUGCAAUGUCUUGAAAUGUCUUGAAACGAUCUUGAGCCGUCUUAAAAGGUAUUGCAAUGUCUUAAAAGGUCUUGAAAGGUCUUGCAAUGUCUUAAAAGGUCUUGAACGGUCUUGACAUGUCUUGAAAAGGUACCGAAAGGUAUUAAAAGGUCUUGCAAUGUCUUGAAAUGUCUUGAAAGAUCAUGAAAGGUCUUGAAUCAUUCCAUCGGCUAUCAACGUACCGUUUUUACACGCAACGUUUGUCCCCAUUUCAAUAAUCUGAGCGUCUUCUCAGAGGGACACGAAUGAGUCUGUGAAACCAAAGGAGUGCAAGUUUUUCAUUUUUUUAAAUUCUGAAACAGGAAGUUGCUGUCACACUUUCCCAAGAAGACAUUGAUGCUCAGCGCAUCUGCAGCUGUUUCAUUUUGUGUCGCGGCGGCCUGGAUACAUUCCCAAAAAAGACAAUAAGGGUCAAGUGUGCACGGCCCAUGUGUUGUGAGUGAGAGCGCCCCCUGGAGUGGUGGUUUCCUUUUUAAAUGAUGGAGAUGGAAAAAAAACUAUCGAUGUGAAUGUAUUUAUUUUCCUUCCCAUUUUUACGAGAGUUGGUCCGAUACCAGAACCAACAAUGACUCGUUCCAAAAGGCUGCUUGGGUUAUUAUGAACGAUCAUAAAUCACGUUAUUAUAUAAUGUAUGUAUUUAAAGAAACGCGUGCCCAUCGUGUCUGAUCUGAUGUACUGAUCUGUAAAUCGAGCUAGCCAACGUUAGCUGCUAGCUGUUAGCCGCUAGCUGUUAGUGCAACCUCUGGUAACGCUAGCUGCUAGCACUGUUAUUUAGCCAAGCUGGACUGUGGCGGCUAACAGUGCUAACCGCUAACAGCUAACAGCUAGUAUUACCGGAGGUUCUGAAUCGUUCAAGCUCCAUUCAAUAAAAAUGAGUAUUAGUCUAAAAACAAAUGUAAACGUCAUGAUGCGUUCAAAUGUAAUCAUGUAAAAACUAGUGUUUGGUGAGAAAACUGAUAUAUUACAUUAUAUUUAACUGAA